CCCGACCAGCGGCGGGGAAGAUGUCGGACGAGCUGAUGCAGAGCGUUACAAUCGAAGAAGUGCUUCAGCUGGUGAAAAAGAAAGAUGCUAUCGAGGCGCAGAUCAAAGCUUACUAUGACAUCCUGGAGGGGCAAAGCCAUGCUGGAAUGGAUGAACCACUAGUUGAUGUUGAGGGAUACCCACGAUCAGAUAUUGAUGUUUACCAAGUUCGAACAGCUCGACAUAAUAUCAUUUGUCUACAAAAUGAUCAUAAGGCUUUGAUGAAACAGAUUGAAGAAGGGCUGCAUCAGUUGCAUGCACGUGACAGGGAACAACGCAGGCUCGAUGAGGCAGAGGCUCAUCAAGAAAGACUGCAACAGGAAAGUCGAGUAUUACCUGCUUUUGCCAAAGUAGACACUGUUAGUCCAGGAUCACCAGCCAGUAUGUCAGGUUUGCAGGUUGGUGACGAAAUUGUGGAAUUCGGUUCUGUAAAUACACAGAAUUUCCAAAACUUGCAGAAUAUUGCCAAAGUCGUCCAGCAUAGUGAAGGGAAACCCAUAAGCAUUACAGUUACUCGAAACGGACAGAAUGUUCAUCUCAGCCUCACGCCUCAGCGAUGGAGUGGAAGGGGAUUGUUGGGAUGCAAUAUUGUUCCUUUGCAGAAGUGAAUAUCAUUGAUUCCCAUUGAAAACUUAUUCAACUGCAAAUUGUACGCUGUUAUGAAAACAGGAGCAAAGUUGGGUCUUGAAAUAUUAGAAUAGUUACUUCUGUUAUGGGUUUUGAAAUAAAUCCAAAUUGAAUUUGAAUAAGAAUUUUUUUUGAAACUGCUAUAUCUUUAACUUGUAUAAGGAUUUUUUUCAUAUAUUUUUAUUUUUUGGAUUUAAUUAUAAAUUCUUUCAUCAUUUUUGUUAUAAUUUCAUUCUUUAGCUAAACUGGUAUUGAGGAUGUGAUUUAUUAUAAUUAAACACUUGGCAUGAAGUGAUUGAAAAGUUAAGUUUGACUUCUGCUUGUUAUUACUUUUCUUCCACUCCAAUAUGAAGAAAAGACAAUAUCUAAUUCCAGUCAAGGAUGAUAGUUAAGCUCACAUAAUGGGAUGUUGAGUUCAAAUAUUUUAGUAAUUUUUGGAUGUUGAUGAUGAUCUAUUCUUGUUUUGAUUAAUUAAAUUAAAAUUUAAUGCAUGCACUUAUUACAUGUUGAAAAUGAAAUUGUAAUUUUUAAAAAAAGAAAUUGGUAAUAUUUAGUUUUUGGACUUUGAUAUGUGUUAAGCAUCACAAAAGUUUGAUGUGACUAUGCUUUGUUAUUCUGUUUAAAUGUAUGGGAUCUUUACACUUUAAAGUCCUGAAUAUUCAAGUGAAUAUAAGUAGUGUUGAGGAAUCAAAUGCUAAACAAUUUAAAAAUAAAAAUAAAUAUUUAUGUUAAUUUGUUAGCAUUAAUGUCUACCUUAACUAUUUAUUUGAAAUAUGGGGUUCUUUGGUCAGCCAAAAGGUGCUGCUAAAUCAUUAUUUAUCCAGUUAUAUACUGCUCUCUUUCCUUUCAAUAAGAAUAAUAUAGUUUUUAGUUUUUGCAUAUGUUUAUAGAUCUAAUCUUGUUCCCCAAACUCUAGUUAAUCUAACACAUUGUGGAUCAUGUAAUAUCACUGUGCAAUUUUCUAGAUCUUAUGCAGAAUAAUUUUUCAAUUUUUUUGAGAAAGCUUAAGUUUGUUUGAGCAUCUAGUGUUUAUUCACAAGAUGAAACUAUUCAGAUCAAGGGCAAUAUAAAUAAGGAAAAAAUAGACCCAAGCAAUUCUGCAGAUGCUGGAAAUCUUGAGAACCACACAUUGAGUGCUGGAGUAACACAGCAAGCCAGGCAAUAUGUUUGGAGGGGAAUAAACAGUCAAUGUUUUGGGCAAAGACUCUUCAUCAGUACUGAAAAGGAAGGUGGCAGAAACUAGAAUGAGAAGAUGGGGGAA